AUGAUGAAGGCUGCUGCUAUUAUAACUGUGAGUGAUAGUUGUUUUAAAGACAACUUAAAAGACAAGUCAGGACCAGCACUAUUAGAGUUUGUAAGGCAGAACUUUCCAGACGCUAAUAUAUAUAAAAUAAUCAUACCCGAUGAAAAGGAAAUAAUUGAACAAGAACUAAAAUAUUUUUGUAGUUCAAAUAUCAACCUCAUUCUUACAACUGGAGGUACGGGUUUAGGUCCAAGAGAUGUUACACCAGAAGCAACAAAAGCUGUUAUUUACAAAGAAAUUCCAGCAAUAACAACAGCAAUGACAAUCGAAAGUUUGAAAAAGACUCCAAUGGCCAUGCUGUCACGAGCAGUAGCUGGUGUGAGAGAUAGAACUCUUAUCAUUAAUUUUCCAGGUAGUAAAAAAGCAGUAACUGAAUGCCUCGAGGUUGUUAAAGAUGUUUUGCCACAUGCUAUUUCAUUAAUAAAUAAUGAAUUGUCUGAAGUUAGAACAAUGCAUGAUAGAAUGCAAGUUCAACAUAUUUGUGGCCGUAAUAUUAGUAGCAGCGUUGAUAUAUCUAAAGUGGCUUUACGGCCAAGAGAAUCACCAUAUCAAAUGUUGGAAAUGACUGAAGCAUUUAAUUUAAUUGAUGCUGUGAUGAUGCAAUGGGAGGAACAAGUAGAAGUAGUUCCUGUAGAAAAUUCUGUAGGUCGGGUUGUAGCCCAAGAUAUUAUUGCGAAGGAACCCAUGCCUCCAUUUCCUGCAUCUGUUAAAGAUGGUUAUGCUUGCCUCAGUUUGGACGGUGCAGGUGUACGUAAAGUUCGAGCAGCCGUCACAGCAGGAGAGACACCUUUGACUCCUUUACUGCCAGGUGAAUGUGCUAGAGUCAACACUGGAGCUCCACUACCACUUGGAACAGAUUGUGUUGUUCAAGUAGAAGAUACAAAGCUUAUUAAAGCAUCUGCCGAUCAUAAGACGGAGUUAGAGAUAGAAGUUUUAGUGGCUCCACAGCCUCAUCAGGACGUGCGUGCUAUUGGCUCUGAUAUUUCUGUCGGUUCUUUGCUUGUUGAGAAAGGUAAUGUUAUUGACGCUGCACAAAUUGGUGUUUUGGCUGGUGCCGGUUACCUGAAUGUUCCAGUUAUGGUGUACCCAAAGGUAGCAAUAUUAUCCACUGGUAACGAGUUGCAAGAACCUACAGAUGAAGUACUUAAACCUUCGCAUAUAAGAGACUCCAAUAGAAUGAUGUUAAAAGCAUUGUUUAAGGAGCACGGCUACGACAGCGUGGACUGCGGCAUCGCGCGCGACGACCCCACCGAGCUGGCGCGGGCGCUGGCCGGAGCCCUGGCGCGCUGCGACGUGCUCGUGUGCACGGGCGGCGUGUCCAUGGGCGACCGAGACCUGCUCAAGCCGGUGCUCGCUAAGGAUUUCGGAGCGGAAAUACAUUUCGGCCGCGUGCGCAUGAAGCCUGGAAAACCAAGCACCUUUGCCACUUGCAGAUUUCAAGAUAAGAUGAAAUUUAUAUUUGCUUUACCCGGCAACCCCGUGUCGGCGUACGUGUGCUGCCUGCUGUUCCCGGUGCGCGCGCUGCGGCAGUGCACGCGGCGCCGCGGAGCCUUCGCGCGCUGCGGCGUGCGGCUCGCGCACGACGUGGCGCUGGACGCGCGCCCCGAGUACGCGCGCGCCGUGCUGCGCUGGCCGCGCCCCGACGACCUGCCGCACGCCACGCUGCUGGGCAACCAGUGCAGCAGCCGGCUGCUGAGCGCGUGCGGCGCCGGCGCGCUGCUGGAGCUGCCGCCCGCCGCGCCCGGCGCCGCGCAGCUCGCCGCCGGCUCCGUCGUCACCGCCCUCAUCACCGGCCGCUUCGAUCUCACCACACUUUGACCAUGAACUUCGUAAGACCGCUAGAACCAGUCGUCUUAUCUAAUAUAUAAAAUUAUCGUG